UUUCAACACAACUCUAUCUGGGUUGUGACUGAAUCUCUCUCUCUUUCUCUCUCCCCCAUUAUCUCUAUCACCCUUUUUCUCACAUUGCUUGUGUCAGUCUGCCAUUCUUAGAUUCAUCACUGCAUCCAAGGGUUUUGCUUCUCGUGGAAUCAAUAGCUUCUCCAAGAGAUUUCGUCCCGAAAACUUUUUUUUGGUUUCCUUUUAUUUAUUUAUAAAUACGUAAAACUCGGACCCAACCCUCAUUGUCGACUCGGCGGUUCUCGUUCUUCUUUUAUGUACUGCAUGCUAUGUAUCGGUGUUCCUUGUGAUGGGAGUUCGACGGUCAGGAUCCAUUAGCCGGGUCGAGUCGGGUCGAGGGGAGUAGAAGUUUCUCUGCACCGGAUCUGGAAGAAGUUUUUUUUCUUUCUUUUUUUUCUGUCUUUUUAGUGAUCUGAUUGAGUGAACCAUGAACACUGGUGGUCGGCUCGUUGCGGGGUCGCACAACAGGAACGAGUUCGUGCUGAUUAACGCUGAUGAGACUGCACGAAUCCGAUCAGUUCAAGAACUGAGUGGCCAAAACUGUCAAAUCUGCGGGGACGAGAUAGAGUUCACGGUGGACGGGGAACCGUUCGUUGCAUGCAACGAAUGCGCAUUCCCCGUUUGUAGGCCCUGCUACGAGUAUGAAAGAAGAGAGGGAAACCAAGCUUGUCCCCAAUGCAAAACCCGAUACAAGCGUCUCAAAGGUAGUCCAAGGGUUGAAGGAGAUGAAGAGGAGGAUGGAAUUGAUGAUCUGGAGCAUGAGUUUGAUGGAAUGGACCCUGAGUACGUUGCUGAGGCCAUGCAUAACACUGGCCGUGUACCUAACGCGUCUGGAUCGGACAUGGAUUCUGCUCCACCCGGCUCUCAGAUUCCUCUAUUGACGUAUUGUGAGGAGGAUGCUGAUAUGUAUUCUGACCGGCAUGCUCUUAUCGUGCCUCCGUCUACUGGAUAUGGGAAUAGAGUUCACUCGGCAUCAUUUACGGAUUCCUCUGCUCCUACACAAACGAGACCGAUGGUUCCUCAGAAGGAUAUUGCAGUAUACGGAUAUGGAAGUGUUGCGUGGAAAGAUCGCAUGGAAGAGUGGAAGAAAAGACAGGGCGAGAAACUUCAGGUUGUGAGGCAUGAAGGCGGUAACGAUGAACUGGAUGAUCCUGAUUUACCCAUGAUGGAUGAAGGGAGGCAGCCGCUAUGGCGGAAGCUACCCAUUAGUUCGAGCAAGAUAAAUCCUUACAGGAUUUUGAUCUUGCUUCGGCUCGCGAUCCUUGGCCUCUUUUUCCAUUAUAGAAUUCUCCAUCCGGUGAAGGAUGCAUUUGGCUUGUGGUUGACAUCUGUGAUAUGUGAAAUAUGGUUUGCUGUGUCGUGGAUUCUCGAUCAGUUUCCAAAAUGGUGUCCCAUAGAACGAGAAACAUACCUCGACAGGCUCUCUCUCAGGUAUGAGAAAGAGGGGAAGCCAUCGGAGUUAGCAGCAGUUGAUGUCUUUGUCAGUACCGUGGAUCCGAUGAAAGAGCCUCCACUGAUAACAGCAAACACUGUUCUGUCUAUUCUUGCUGUUGAUUACCCAGUGGACAAGGUUGCAUGUUACGUCUCGGAUGACGGUGCUGCAAUGCUUACAUUUGAAGCUCUUUCAGAAACAGCCGAGUUUGCGAGGAAAUGGGUUCCCUUCUGUAAGAAGUUCAACAUCGAGCCUCGUGCCCCUGAGUGGUAUUUUGGCCAGAAGAUGGAUUAUCUGAAGAAUAAAGUUCAUCCGACUUUUGUCAGGGAGCGUCGUGCUAUGAAGAGGGACUACGAGGAAUUCAAAGUGAAGAUAAAUGCAUUGGUUGCUACAGCACAAAAAGUUCCGGAAGAAGGUUGGACCAUGCAAGAUGGAACUCCUUGGCCUGGAAACUAUGUCCGGGACCAUCCGGGUAUGAUUCAGGUCUUUUUGGGACAAAACGGAGUUCGUGAUGUGGAAGGAAACGAGUUACCUCGUCUGGUGUAUGUUUCUCGUGAGAAACGGCCAGGAUUUGAACACCAUAAGAAAGCCGGUGCUAUGAAUGCCUUGAUCCGGGUCUCAGCCGUUCUCUCGAACGCUCCUUACCUUCUUAAUGUGGACUGUGAUCACUACAUCAACAACAGCAAGGCACUUAGAGAAGCCAUGUGUUUCAUGAUGGAUCCACAAUCGGGAAAAAGCGUGUGUUACGUUCAGUUUCCUCAGAGGUUUGAUGGGAUCGAUAGGCAUGAUCGGUACUCAAAUCGCAACGUUGUUUUCUUCGAUAUUAAUAUGAAAGGUCUUGAUGGCCUACAAGGACCGAUAUAUGUCGGGACAGGAUGUGUCUUCAGGAGACAGGCGCUGUACGGUUAUGACGCGCCGAAGAAGAAGAAACCGCCUGGCAAAACCUGCAAUUGUUGGCCUAAGUGGUGCUGUCUAUGUUGUGGGUCAAGAAAGAACAAGAAAAACAAGACAAAGGACAAGAAGAAGCACAGAGAGACUUCAAAGCAGAUACAUGCACUUGAGAAUAUCGAGGAGGGUGUCGAAGGGUCAAAUGCCGAGAAAAGAUCUGAAACGGCCCAGAUGAAGUUGGAGAAGAAAUUCGGUCAAUCUCCUGUUUUCGUGGCCUCUGCUCAACUGGAGAACGGUGGAAUGCCUUGUAAUGCAAGCCCUGCUUCUCUUUUGAGGGAAGCUAUCCAAGUCAUUAGCUGUGGAUACGAAGACAAAACCGAAUGGGGAAAGGAGAUUGGCUGGAUAUAUGGUUCGGUUACUGAGGAUAUCUUGACCGGUUUCAAGAUGCACUGUCAUGGCUGGAGGUCUGUGUACUGCAUGCCUAAACGACCAGCUUUCAAGGGUUCUGCCCCAAUCAACUUGUCAGAUCGUCUUCAUCAAGUUCUUCGGUGGGCCCUUGGUUCUGUCGAGAUUUUCUUGAGCAGACACUGCCCGAUCUGGUAUGGUUACGGUGGCGGCCUGAAAUGGUUGGAAAGAUUCUCUUACAUCAACUCGGUUGUCUAUCCUUGGACUUCCAUUCCUUUGCUUGUCUACUGCUCUCUCCCAGCCAUCUGUCUCCUCACCGGAAAAUUCAUCGUCCCUGAGAUAAGCAACUAUGCAAGUAUCCUCUUCAUGCUUAUGUUCAUAUCGAUUGCGGUAACGGGUAUUCUCGAAAUGCAAUGGGGAGGUGUCGGAAUAGACGAUUGGUGGAGGAACGAGCAGUUCUGGGUAAUUGGAGGUGUCUCUUCACAUCUAUUUGCUCUUUUCCAAGGUCUGCUCAAGGUAUUGGCCGGUGUUAGCACAAACUUCACAGUCACAUCCAAAGCAGCGGACGAUGGAGAGUUUUCAGAGCUUUACAUCUUCAAGUGGACAUCCUUGCUUGUUCCUCCGACAACCCUUUUGAUCAUAAACGUCAUCGGUGUCAUUGUCGGGAUCUCAGACGCCAUUAACAACGGGUAUGAUUCGUGGGGCCCGCUCUUCGGCAGGCUGUUCUUCGCGUUCUGGGUGAUCAUCCACUUGUACCCUUUCCUCAAGGGAUUGCUCGGGAAACAAGACCGGAUGCCCACCAUUAUUCUGGUAUGGUCGAUCCUCCUCGCUUCAAUCCUUACGCUUUUGUGGGUCAGGGUCAAUCCAUUCGUCUCCAAAGACGGACCCGUUUUGGAAAUCUGCGGUCUGAACUGCGACAACUAAAGUUUGAUACAAUAAUAAAGAAAGAAGCUUGGGCUUUUUUAUGGUGUUAUGUCUCUAAGAAGAACCAUCAUCGGAGCAAAGACAGUGAGAGGUUCUGUUGGAAGCUAAAGGAAUGUGCUGAUGAUGUGUAUGUACUCUUUUGGUGAGCGUUGUUGUGUAGACAAAAGGAGAUGUGCAGUUUUUACAUAAAUUCUUUUAUUAUGUGUUGUAAUAGUUUUAUUUUGAUUUUCUCUAGGGAGUUUUUUCUUCUUUAUUUUUGUGGUUUUCAUGUAUUAUUUCCCUGUCAUUGUAUGGUCUUAAGGACAUGUGGGGACGAUGAAUCAUAUAUUUAUACUCUUGUCAAUAAGUGAUUUUGAGGUUC